CUUCGCCGUUGCUGGGUUCCGCGUAACGAGAGCUUCUCCUCUUGAAGCUCCUUCUCAUCCAAAAGGAACUGGUACAGAUCUGCACCCCUGCUAUCAGGUCAACAACAACCGGACUCAUCGUUUUGAUAUCGAAGGAGGAAGUCCAUCUCAAGACCUACAAGUGACCGGAUCGAUCGGAUAGGAAACACUACCAUUUGGUGCUCAUUAAGAAAUGGAAGAAUAGUAAGCAAACUAUAAAAAAAGAGAAUAGAUAUCGAAGAUAUUUAAACGAGAAGAGAAGUGAAGAGAAAUCUUGAAAAUCGUCACCUUGUUGGGACGUGCAUUUGCGCAUGCGCAUUUACCGUUGUCGCAGGAUGAUGCCAUAAGUCGUUAUGUAGCCUUACAAAGAACCCCAAGAGUGUUUAAGUUUUGAGUUCGAAUUUUUCUCCAUCUUCUUCGAUUUUUCUCUCUGAUGUGAAAAUUUCCAUCAUUUUAUCCGCAAUAGGUGAUUAAAAAACUCGACCUAGGCAUGUUUUCGAUAUUUUUCAUUACCUAAUUUCACCCAGCACUAUUUAAUUUCUUUCGAAAGGUUGGAAAUUUUUAAUGAGAAAAAAAAAACUAUUGAUUACAAGUAAAAUUGAGUGGUAAGUCUGCUUUCUUUGUUCAAUAACUGAUUUAAUUUCGAAACAUUCUGACGGUAAAAAAAAAUUUUGCAUUUAAAAUAAACCGGAUUAUACAUGAUAUUGACUCUGAAACACAUAUACUCCAAAUAGCGUAAUUAAAGUUAUUUUAUAUAAAAAAAAAUUAUUUUAAUAUAAAACUGUAUGAAUAUAUGUUUAUUGGUUAAGCUUUGUUAUACAAUAUCACAUUUGAUUUGUUUUAAAACUAUUUAAAUAAUAAAUUUCAAAAAUGAAAGAUUUUUAAUUAAAAAUAUUUAAAUUUAUUUAAUAUUUUAAUGUGUUUUUGAAACUUACUCUCUAUGAUAACCGGAGUAUUUUAUGCUGCUGCAUGUGUUGAAAAUAAAAUAUCAUUUUUACAGAGAUAUUUAUUUCACAAUAAAUUUCGUUCUUGUUUGAAUUUAUUCCAUAUAAAGCGUUCUACUAAUGAAUCUUAUAAGGAAAUCGAAAAAGCAUCAGAGAUUGAAAAGUAUUUAUUGUAACACGGCACAAAAACCCCCUUAAAGGUAUUUUAGCACUUUUUUAAAAACAAUUUGAAUUAAUAUUCAAAAGAAAAUGACAUUAGGAAAACUUAAUACUUGACUGAAAUAGAAAAAAAUAAUUAUGUUAAAUUUUUAUUACAAACUUGUCAUCGCUUAUUAGAUUAGGAUUAUCCUGCCUGAACAAAGUUUUAAAAAAAUGUAUCCUUAAAUUUAAUUAAAUCAAAGUACUUAAAAAAAAUUAUUUGAAUUCAUGUUUCCAAUCUUUCUCUUAAAAAACUAAAUAGCGAUUUUUUCUUCGCUGUUUUAAAACAAAGAUUGACUUUUUUUUCACUUUACAAAUAAAAAAAUACUAUUGGUGUAUUCGUGUUGUAACUGUUUAGAAUUCCUAGGUAAAAAAAGUGAUGCGAAUAUUUUUUUAAUAUUUUUUAAGCUAUAUGUGUACUUUUGGUGUUGUUUCUCAUCCAUGGGACCGUUUCUAGAGUUUUAAUGUUAUUAGGGAACUAUGUGUGUUUUGCAAUUACGAGUAUUUUAAAUUAGGUAAUAAAUGUAUCGAAAACAUGUCUAGAAAAAGGACAUAAUUUGCGAUUAAUUGUACUUGAACUUUUUUUUGUUGAAGAAUUAUAUUAAACACUGAACUGUUAAGUACAUGUUCUUUUUCUAUAAUCAUAUUCUUCAUACAAGAACUUGUUUAAAAAGAUAUGAAAUAACCUUAUAAGAACUUUUAAAAGCCUUCGUAAUCCUUCUUAUUCAAAAAAAAAAAUUCGAAGACUCAAUUUGUUGUCCAUAUAUCCAGUGAACGGCUUUCUACGUGAUUUUGUUUCUACUGUCCGUUGAACUCAGGUGUAUUUAUUACUUCAAAAGAAGCUAUGACUUUAUUUGAAGUUUCUCUAGACGUUAUGUUAAACCUUGUAUAAAUUAGAACCAAACAAAACAGUGUCACUGCAGCAAACAAAUUAUGAUUUAAAAUCUGCAAAGGAAGUUAAGUAACUGUAAAAUAUAUAUAUUUGAAGAUUUUUUUUGUUGAUCAGAAGCAUAAUGAGCAUCGCAUUACUUAUGUUAUUCGCAAAGAAUUGGUGUUUUCUAGCAUACUUUUGCAAUCUUUUGCCUGCUUAAGCCUUUCUUUGACUCCAUUUUGCUUAAUAGCGGAAAAGUUUAUUUGUUCAUCUGUGCAAAGGUCACAAAUAUUAAUUUCGGCGGCAUCCGGCAAAUAAGGGACGAAUGUUGCAGCCUAAAAGGGCGAAGAGGAAAGACGAAUCGAAGAACACGUCUUACAGAACAGCCCGAUGUCAAGAACUAUUGCCAAACAAAUCACUCGAGACGACAACAAACGACGCUCUGACGAUUAGGAGAUAGUUGCGCAGGUGACCAUGGAGGGAACGACCAUGGUGACAGUGGGCGGUGGGGGUGACGGCGGCGAGGAGGCGGUGGUGAACGCGACCCUCAGCCCCCAUGACGAGUGUAUGAAAGAGCGCAAAUGGUGGUGUUUCCUUCUGUCGAGCGUGUUCACAUUCAUGGCGGGACUCUUCAUCAUCCUGAUUUGGCGCGCAUUUGCUUUCCUCUGCUGCCGGAACAAGGAAAAGAGCGGCGCUGGGGCGGCGAAAGUCGCGAAGGUGACGGCCGCGGACCCGAAAGGAGGGGCGGUGGCCGGUGGAAACGAAAUAGGAUUUAUGACCGAAGCGAAGGACUGGGCCGGAGAGCUCAUCUCUGGGCAGUCGACUACAGGAAGGAUUUUGGUGGUGCUGGUGUUCCUACUUAGUAUAGCGUCAUUAAUCAUCUACUUCAUCGAUGCCUCUCGCACUGGACACUCCACAAAAGGAGAUGGAGUGGAGAUGUGCCAAUCUUGGGCAACCAACACCACCCAACAGAUAGACUUAGCGCUAAAUAUAUUUUUUAUGGUCUACUUUUUUAUACGUUUUAUAGCUGCGAGUGACAAGUUGUGGUUCAUGCUGGAGUUAUAUUCCUUUGUUGAUUACUUCACUAUUCCACCGUCUUUCGUUUCAAUUUACCUGGGAAGAACAUGGAUUGGCCUUCGCUUUUUGCGUGCCCUUCGUCUUAUGUCUGUUCCCGACAUCCUACAAUACUUGAAUGUUCUCAAGACCAGCAGUUCGAUCCGCCUUGCUCAGCUGGUGUCUAUUGUCAUCAGCGUAUGGUUGACAGCAGCAGGUGUUAUACACCUAUUAGAAAACUCCGGAGAUCCUUUGGAUUUCGUAAAUCCUCAAAGCCUGACCUAUUGGGAGUGCGUCUACUUCCUGAUUGUCACCAUGUCUACGGUCGGUUACGGAGAUAUCUACUGUCAAACGUCCUUGGGGCGGGCCUUCAUCGUGUUUUUUAUUCUCGUCGGUUUGGCGGUGUUUGCUAGCUGCAUUCCGGAGAUCAUUGAUCUGAUUGGUUCCCGGCCGAAAUACGGGGGAACCUUCAAGUCCGAACGAGGUCGAAGGCAUAUCGUAGUUUGUGGGCAUAUUACUUAUGAGUCUGUGUCUCACUUUCUUAAGGAUUUCCUUCAUGAGGACCGUGAAGAUGUUGAUGUAGAAGUUGUGUUCUUACACAGAAAACCACCGGAUUUGGAGCUGGAGGGUUUGAUAAAAAGGCACUUCACAACUGUGGAGUUUUUCCAAGGCAGCGUCAUGAACACCAUAGACCUCCAGCGAGUGAAGGUACACGAAGCAGAUGCUUGCCUGGUGCUAGCCAACAAAUACUGUCAAGAUCCCGAUGCAGAAGAUGCUGCCAACAUUAUGAGGGUCAUCUCCAUUAAAAACUAUUCAGAUGAAAUCAGGGUCAUCAUCCAGCUCAUGCAAUAUCAUAAUAAAGCCUAUCUUUUAAAUAUCCCAAGCUGGAACUGGAAACGUGGCGAUGAUGUCAUCUGUGUAUCUGAAUUGAAAUUGGGCUUUAUAGCUCAAAGCUGUCUCGCACCUGGCUUCUCGACUAUGAUGGCCAACUUGUUCGCCAUGAGGUCAUAUAAAACAUCACCUGAUAUGCCAGAAUGGCAGAACGAUUAUUUGUGCGGAACAGGGAUGGAAAUGUACACGGAGAAUUUGUCGCCUUCAUUUGGUGGGAUGACCUUCCCUCAGGCAGCGGAGCUCUGCUUCGUGAAACUUAAACUUCUCUUGUUGGCCAUUGAGAUCCCUAACGAAGACAGCUCUGACACCAAAAUUACCAUCAAUCCAAAGAAGAAGGUUAAAAUUGGUUCUAACGCUCAAGGUUUCUUCAUGGCUCAAUCUGCGGAUGAAGUAAAAAGGGCAUGGUAUUAUUGUAAAAACUGCCAUGAUGAUGUUAAAGAUGAGAAGUUAAUAAAAAAGUGCAAGUGUAAAAACCCCAAAGAUACGAAACAGAAAGUGGCGCUGUUUAAGAAAGGUGUCAGAGCUGUCCAAGUUGUUGGACGGGCAAAAUAUAUUAUCUCAAGAACUGGAAGUGCAGUUGAUAUUGAUGCUGAUAUAUCUGAAUCAGAUAAUAAUGAGAGUGUUCACAACUCUACGUUCCCAACAUUCACACCUCCAGAAAUACCCAAGAGGGUGAAACUAAGAGACGCACCAAAAAAUCCUAACGACUUCAGUAACAUCGCAGGACAAGUGGGCGGGCGGCACAACGCCACGCACCACGGAACACCUAGUACCGCAACAUCUCAUGGUACAAAUCUCCGACAAAGAAAUUCCUCAUCUGGACUCAAGCCCCCAAGAGUACCAGGCGCAAAUCCUGCAACACCGCUACUGACGUCUCCUGCCGUUAAUAAUGGUACUGGAGUAACAGGACCAGCAGGGACAAAUCCUGGAUUAUUUCCAAGCCCGCUGGCUAACACAACGCACGGCGCCCGGACCGACGACACAUUUGCUGGCUUACACCUAGCCUAUGAAGUGAAAAAACUCAUGCCCACUAGUAGGGCGGGUGGCACGAACGGAUCAAACAAACAAGAAGGGCCUUUGGCAGUUGGUCUUGCUGAUGAUCAAGCAAAGGAUUUUGACUUUGAAAAAACAGAAAUGAAAUACGAUUCAACUGGAAUGUUCCACUGGUGUCCGGCAAAAUCUCUAGAAGAUUGCAUAUUGGACCGAAACCAAGCUGCUAUGACAGUUCUUAAUGGCCAUGUCGUAGUCUGCCUGUUUGCUGAUCCAGACUCACCACUGAUUGGUCUUCGAAACCUUGUAAUGCCACUGCGUGCGAGCAACUUUCAUUACCACGAACUCAAACAUGUUGUAAUUGUUGGUAACGUUGACUAUCUUCGCCGUGAAUGGAAGAUGCUACAGAAUCUACCGAAAAUCUCUGUACUUAACGGCUCACCUCUGAGCCGAGCUGAUUUGAGAGCAGUGAACAUCAAUCUAUGUGAUAUGUGUGUUAUAUUGUCAGCCAAGAUACCGAGUAGUGAUGAUCCUACGCUUGCAGAUAAGGAAGCCAUUUUAGCUUCAUUGAACAUAAAGGCUAUGACCUUUGAUGAUACCAUAGGAGUGCUAACACACAAUCCAGGAGGCCCAGAUGCCUUAUCUCCCCUCGGUAGUCCCAUAGUUAUGCAAAGACGAGGAUCCGUUUAUGGGACUAAUGUUCCUUUAAUAACAGAAUUAGUGAAUGAUACAAACGUACAGUUCUUAGAUCAAGACGAUGAUGAUGAUCCUGAUACUGAGCUCUAUUUGACCCAGCCUUUUGCCUGUGGCACUGCCUUUGCUGUCAGUGUCCUGGAUUCUUUGAUGAGCACAACGUAUUUUAAUGCGAACGCCCUCACCCUGAUCCGAUCAUUGGUUACCGGGGGAGCAACACCGGAGCUGGAACUGAUCCUGGCAGAGGGCGCAGGACUCCGUGGUGGCUAUAGCACUCCAGAGUCACUGGCUAACAGAGACCGUUGUCGCGUGGGCCAGAUUUCCUUAUAUGAUGGACCCCUCGCUCAGUUUGGGGAGGGAGGUAAAUACUGCGAUUUGUUCGUAUCGGCCCUCCGCAGCUACGGCAUGCUUUGUAUAGGGCUCUACCGGUUCAGGGAUACCAGCUCAUCCUGUGAAGCGUCUUCAAAACGCUUUGUUAUCACGAACCCUCCUGCAGAUUUUCUACUCCUUCCCACAGAUAUGGUCUUUGUGCUGAUGCAAUUCGAUCCUGGCCUUGAAUACAAACCGAACCGAGGGGAAGAACCGAAGGAGGACAACUCCUGACUCCUGCACUGUAGCGCCUUGACUGACGGGCCUUACUCCUUCAUAUGAAAUUAAACGAUCAUCUCAGUUUUAGGAUUGACUCUCCUCAGCUGUGAUCCACCCAGAGAGAAGCACUUGCAGUUCCAUUAAAACGUCUGCCAAAUGGCUCACAAAUUAAUAUGAGAUUCAUUGAAUCACUGCAAGGUGUGGUGGACGUGAGAUGUGUCUGAGCUAUGGCCAAAACAAAUGUUUAUUCCAACUUAAAUUUUAAUUCUCACUAAUUAGAAUACUUGUUUUCAAAAACCUGAUUCUUAUUAGAAAAGUAAUAUCUCAUAUCUUUUAAUUUAGUUAACUUUUGAAAUUAGUUUCAAAUCGUUCAUUUUUGUAAAAAAAUUAUUCUGAAAUAAUUACAUCUAAAAAGUUACUGCCUAAAACUAGAGCCAAGGCUUAUCGUCAAGGACGCUACAGUGAUAUCAGUAUGAAGAAUCGAAACUGACGUGAACUGUAUCUAGGAACUAAAAAAGAAACCUUUGUUUUAGAAUGAAAUUCGAGUAGAUGGAUUCGUCUAACGUACAGAGGUUAAAGUCGCAGUUACUCGUGUGACGCUGUCUGGUGUAUUCCGUUGCAGCUGUCCAAGAUGAGCGGCGAUGAUUCAAGAAAUAUAUUUACAUAUAUGUACAAAAUAUAUAAAUAUUUAAAAUACUUGCGUACUUUUGCAUGAUGAAGAGUGGUGAUUCCUUCUUUUCAAUGCUGGUGCAAGUUGGAUAUACAAGACACCAACAACAAUUCAAAUUUUUGAAUCUUAGUGCCAUGAAAGUAGUGGGAUAUAUUUACUACUAAAGACUGUGCCAAUGGACAUUAGUAAUAUUGGCCAAUAAAUGUAACUCAGCUUUUCUUAUUACAACCAUCCAAUGGCAUGGCUCCAACGAAUUUAGUUUUGUAUUCUUAUUUUGUGAUAAUUAUAGAAAUUUUUUCAAAAAAAGGACAGCGAUUUUAAGUAUCAGCAAUAAUUAAAACUCCAAAUUAUUUUGGAACAAUAGUCUGAAUAGAGUUAUAAAUAUUCUUUGUUUUAAAAAAAGUUUUCUUGAAGAUUUGAAAUGAAUUAAACUAUGCCAUUGGAGUGGUAUGGAUAAAUGUCUAUGUGCGUUUGUAUAAAUUAUUCCUUAGUCCUUAUUUAUGGUUGGCAAGCAGUUGGCAACCAUUGUUAUAUGUUUAAUCUAAGUAUAUGUUUCAAAUGCAAUCAAUAUUAGAGUCAAGGUUAACUCUUCUUCUUAAAACAAUAUUCAUAUUAUAAUAUCUAAAUGCUCGUAGAGUAGAUCAUUAAAAUCUUAAAUAAUGUAAAUAUACGACUGUAACUAAUCUAAUCAGAGUAACUAUUAACUGUUAAUCUAUUCAGCUAUAUAAAUUUUUUAAAUUAAUUAUAUACUUGAAAUUAAAUGUUUUAAAAAAAAUGCUUGAAUGUUAUGGAAUGAGAAAAGUGCUCAGUGCGCGUUUGCAUUUUCUAGAAGUAUUUAGAAUUCCUUUUCACUGCAUUCGAAUUACAAAUUUAAUCAAUUAGUGUUUCAUUAAUUAGAUUUAGCUCAAUUAAGAUUGUAUAACAGCAGCAGUUGAUGUAAAAUACAGACUGAUAUUAUAUAUUCCGCUUGUUGCAUUCUAGCUAAUAUCUAUGAGUUUGUAGGAAAUGUAAAUGUUUUUAGUUACAAUAUUCUUCCAAUUUAUUUAAAUAUUUUUUUCGUACUUGUAACAAAAUUCUCCUAAAUAUAUAAUUUAUUUAACAAGUUUUCUUCUAAUAACUCAAAAGUUGAAACUAAACCAGAAUUUCUUCUAUUAUUUAUGACCAUUAUGUCAGAAACUAGAUGCCAAAAUGAGUUACAUAUUAGAGAUAAAACGGGAUAUGAACCUUUAAUCGGCUAUGCAAGUUUUUGGAUAACUGCUUUAGAAACCUUUUUAGUAUAAAUGUUAUACAACUAUUAUAGCCACUGAAGAAAAGAACUUGAAUCGAUGAGUAAGCAAGGAAAGCAAAAACUAACGUGGACGACAACGAACCCCGGUUUCGGAAGGAAACGCUUCCAAAAAUUAUACCCUUUAAAGCAGUUAUCCAGAAAGUUCUAUGGCAUUAAAAAUAUUUGGGGGAAUCACCAAUUAAUAAAAUAAAACCAUAAAAAUAAUAAAACUAUCUACAAUAAAACUUUUAUUUACUUGAGAGGAAUUAGAGCAUGAAGAAUGUGAUGAAACUGUCUUUUAUAGUUUCAAAAUAGAUUAGUUUUUUUUAAAAACAUCUUGGUUUCUAAAAGGUUAUAUAAACAUAAAGAAACUUUUUAAUUCGAACGGUGAAAAUAAAAUAAAACAAUAAAAAAAUUAACCAUAUUGAAAAAAGGAUAACACAAAAAAAAUCAUACAAAGAAAACAGUUAUAUUUAAUUUUAAAAUUCCUGUAGUGAUAUGAAAUGAAAUAAUUUGGUAUAAGUAAAAAACAUAAGUGCCUAUAGGUAAUGUAUUUAACUUAUUCUACAAGAAAAUGUAGUCGUAAAUAUAAUAAAAUAUAAUAAAAUUUUUAAAGAAAAGUACUCUAAAGAUUUAAAAAUAGGAAGAAAGUGAUUAACAGAGCACUUAAAAGAGAAAACUUCUUUUAAUGGAUACUUACUUCUCAAAUAUUUUUAUAGCAACACCCAUUAAAGGUUCAUAAUUACAUCAGCUGUUGCAGGUACAAGUUCGAAAUAAGAAAAGGAAUUAUUUCCAUCCGAAACCGCGGGUUAAAUAUCGUCUAUGGUACAUAAUUGCUAGAAACCCUUGUUAGAUUGAAAUGGUAUUCUUCGGUGGCGUUUGAGAAUGACAAUUCAGCACUGAGCACUUGUUUUUUACGUUUUACUAGAAAAAGUAAUUGCGGAACAAUAAAUUUACAAUUAUAUUACAACUAUAAAACUUUAUUGAUUCGUGUAACAUCACAAAGUAAAAAAAAGAAUAAAAUUUAAACAAUUUCAUCCAUGCAUCUAAAUGCGUGUUAUAAUUUAUGCAUAAUAAGCUCUCUUGGUGCAAAUUUAUCAACUUUCAUUUCUGUCGCUUAAUGUAAAAAAACUGUAGUUAUUUUUAUUGAUUUUUACGGUACAAUUAUUAACAAUUCAAAAAGAAUAUAGUUGGUAUAAUUAAUAUUUUCCGGUCUUAUAUUUCAUUUUUUGAUUUUAAUGCAUUAAUAAAAAGAAUGCAAUGCUGCAUCAGAACUCUUCAAUCACAAGUGCUGAUAAAGAUUUAAUACUCACAUAGUUUGUACAAUAAAUAUUAACUUACCCCAAAUUAACUUUUUUUUAAAAUUUGUUGCAGAAAUAUACCAAGACAAUUAUAAUUUUUAAUAACAUAAAUGCUCAUUAAUUUUUUUUUAUUUUCAUAAGGAAUUUAUUGAUAAAAUACUUUUAGAUGAAAAAUGUAAAAUAAUUAUAUAAUUAACCAUAUUUAACCGUAUGAAAAAUAUUGAUAAAUUUUUAAUAGUCAAGAACAAUCUAUAAAUUCUAAAGUUUGUAACUAAUCAAAUUCUAGUUGUUUAAAUAAAAUUAAUAUACAUGAAGGUUACUUAGGCGACUAUCCAUAACUUAAUUAGUUUUAACAUGAUAUUCUAAACUAAAUAUUUUAGAACGAGUAUUUGAGCAUGUAAACCUGAAUUCAGGCGGUAAAAUACAAUUUAAUUUUAAAAAACUAAAUUUAUUAACUACAUUCUUUGAGAAGUAUGUGUAUGAAAGUAGGUUUAUAGUUUUGACAUUUCUAAUUACUUCUCCUAACUAGCUAAACAUAUUUAAUCCAAGACUACUUUGUGAUGUUUUACGUCUAUCGUAACAUUAAUUUCUGUGCAUAAGCAAACUCUAGACAAUCGAGAGGCAUUGUAUAACAAAUGUAACUUAUGAUUUCAUAUUUAUGACUGUGAUUUGAUUAUACAAGAAUAGCAUCGUUUUUCAAAAAGUAAUACUGGAAAUGAUUACAAGUCAAUAAAUAAAUUUUGUCAAGCUUUA